AGUGGAAGAACACCACUCAUUCCUCUGGAUAUUCACGUUGUGACCGUACUCUGGCGGCGAGUACGGUCCGGGGCAACUGGAGGAAGAGUUUGUCGCCGACCCGGUCGGUUAGCCGGAGUUCAUGACGGAGAGUGAGAAGAGUAGACGGUGUGGCGGUUUAACAAGAUUUAUUUGUGGACGAUUACAUGACGUUUAUAAGACGGCAUGCGGCUUACGAACUACGACAGUUUAAAGCUAACGGAACUUACAGUUAGUGUUCGACGGCGGUACAGUUCGGUGAGCGUCUUGGGUCGUUCCGGCGGGACGGUUCGGGGAGCGUCGGGUCGCUCGGGUGGUACUGUUCGAUGAGGAGAAGAGUCAGGACACUUCGAUAAUCUAUUUUCUCUCAAUGAUCCCGUUGCUCGAUGUCCACAUUUCUUAUUCUUAACAAGAGGAUCCUCGAUGCGGUGCAUCGUUUACUUUUACGAAAAAUCGGCCCUGGAUAGAAGAAUUUACCGGUGCGGUACUGAUCGUGGCCUCGAAGCGAGUCCUUUUACGGUGGGGACGAGCAUCGAAAGCGGCGACUACCCUCCCUCUUCAUCCUCGACUUUGGCCCACAGACACGAAAGGCACCCGACUGGCGAACGCGAAACAAGAGAACGUGGAAGGAAAAACGUGAAGGACAAGGGAUCAGGACGAAAGAAACAUUCGGAACUUAGACGCCAGGUAUACAGCAUGGAAUAAAGGAGGCGAAGUAUCGUAAACGAAACGAGAAUUUGGGGGAAGGAGAUUCUGCGGCUAUGGCCAGGGUCGGUUGAAUCCGGGAUCGAGCAGAGGAGGAGAGUGGGGGAAGAUUUCGAGGGAUAUCGAAGUUAAGGAAACAUAAGACAAGGCCACGAAGACGUCGUAGAGUUUAGAAACACGAAGGAGGCUGAAGAAAGAUAUUGGCAGCUUUUCGUCGUCGAAAUCUUUCAGAGAAUAGGUAGAAAUUUAUUCCUGGGAAUAAAACAGAGACAGGGGCUAAAUGCGCGAUAAACGGAGGACGGUGUAACAGGGUUAGGAGGAGUUGGAAGCGUGAUCUAGGAAAGAGGAAGCUGUGCUAAAGGAGAGGAAUGGGUGCUGGGAUGGGCAGGAGCGGCACGAGCGGCGGCCUCCUCGAGGCACUUCCUACAGGAACGCCGCUCCACGUGGCCAUGCUUGGCCUGGACAGUGCUGGAAAAACCACCGCCUUGUAUCGGCUCAAGUUCGACCAGUACCUCAACACCGUACCCACCAUAGGCUUCAACUGCGAGAGGAUUCGUGGUGGCAUCGGCAAAGCGAAAGGUGUGAAUUUUCUCGUAUGGGACGUGGGUGGACAGGAGAAAUUACGACCAUUAUGGAAGUCCUACACCCGAUGCACGGACGGUAUUAUCUUCGUCGUUGAUUCGUGCGACGCAGAACGACUCGAAGAAGCGAAGAUGGAGCUCACUAAGACAGCCAGGAGCCCGGAUAAUGCCGGUGUGCCCAUUUUGAUCCUGGCCAACAAACAGGAUCUGCCAGGUGCCAAAGAAGUGGGCGAGCUUGAGAAGCAUCUGGGCGUCCUAGAACUGUCGGGAAUGCCGGGUAGCGCGUGCAUCAGAGUGCAACCAGCGUGCGCUAUCACGGGCGAGGGCCUCCACGAAGGGUUGGACACGCUGUACCAGCUGAUCAUAAAGCGACGCAAGCUCGCCAAGUUGAACAGGAAACGGGCCAGGUAGGCCAGGACUUCGGAGGACUGCAAUUGCGUCUUCUGAUAUUGUCAGUCGCGGACAGUCUCUCCUUUGACGACAGCUACGCCUUCCAUGGUGUCUUCUUCUUCGUCCUCCUCGUCAUCGCGCAAUGGCGACGACCACGAGGUGCUCGAGUGAACGUGCCCUCCUCUGUACGUGGACAAUUGUUUCUUGUCGGGGAACGUCCUGGCGUUCCUGACCAUCACCUUUUGCGGACCAGUGUUACUCGACGAUGCUGGCGGGGCAGCAGGUGUUUUUGGUGGCACAAACCAGGUGCUGGGACUCGUGCAACGUAAGGUUUCUCAGAUUUUACAAAGAACCUUCGUCUUUCUUUGAUCGAGUUCCAUUCCUUGGAAGGGAAGGUGUUAGGGGCAUCGAUGGUUCAUCGUCGAAGAAAGAACGCGAUCCAGACAUUGGCUAGUUGGUUGUGUCAAUGGAUGGAUCCAGUUGGCGUUCGGUGUCUGUAUUUUGUAUCGAACUCGAUGGAUGGGAGAAGCUUCCUACCCUCUCCGAAAGGGAUGUUAUUAUAGCUUUGAUGAAGGGUAUAGGCAAUUUUUGCAAGAACGGAAGAGAAACUUGUUGGCCUGAAUCAUGGAACUCUGUGACCGGUUGUUUUUUGGACGACAACGAAACAAGUGCUUCUUCGCUGCUACAUAGAAGCUCUAUUUUACCAAAUUCUACACCGCCGAAGCGUUUCUCGGGAAACUCCACAACGACGGUCUGCGGAUUUCCAGUUUCUUGACUCGUUGUCGCUUAACCCUCGCGCCUCGAAUCAGACACGGAGAACGGAACGUUGCCUAUUUUGCUACCGAGAAGAGGCCCAACUAGAGGUUCAGCGACGACAAUAUCUUUAUUGCUAACGAUGACGAUGUCGAAUCAUGUUAACGUCGACGGCUCGAGCGCGGGAGACCAAAAUGAUACAAAACAGAAUAUAAAUAAGUAAUAACUUCUUCGAACGCGGAUGAAAGGGUAGAUCCGUGAAAGGAUUUAAAGAAAUAUAUUGGAGGAGUAGUUGGACAUCGGAGCCCAAUUUUUUACGAUCCGCGUACAUUGACGAUUUUUUACCCGGGGCUCCGAUCGAAUAGUAGAAAUUGCUUUCGUAACGGGAAAGUGAUAGAAUUCCGGUAGACCAUUUUUGCUACGCAGGGGAAUCUCUAACAAUCAUAUUCGAUUAUCGUGCUAGAAGAAGCUCGUAGUAUACGUCGAUAGACCUCGAGGCGAAUCGUGGUACCUAGGAGUACCAGCGAUGACCGUGCCUCUUCAGAUUUUUGCACCUUUAUACGUUGUACGUGAGAAAAAAAAAAUACUACGAUGUUCCGUCGUGGCCUCGCUCGAGACGAUUUUUUGUAAAACAGAUGUGAUAACAGCCCACCUCAUCUCACCACCUGUGAUUAGGGUAUCGUGUAUAUUUGUACUCGUUGUCUAUCGUGCUAUCGUAGCCCAGGAAGUGGAGAGACGAGCUCUCGACGUAGAAGACGCGAACCGAUUGUUUUGAGCUUCGUCGGAAAUUAUACAUAUCUCGAGGAUGUCGAAAAAGUGCUGCUCUAGGCAAUUGUUGGAUCAAAAGCGUGAUAUAUCGUUUGUUAGGAUAGUUAAAGGAUAUUAAUUGCGAUUAAAUUUACCCGAUUCGAUGCGUUACGUCAGGCAUGCCCAACGUCCAGACUUGGGCAAAUUUUAUCUCUGAAUACGGAACUCGAUUUCGUAAAUUAAUUUUUUAAAACAAACAUCAGCAAAAGCUUGUUCACGAACGAAACGAAAAUUUUUGUUCGUUGUUCGAAUAUAAAGUUUGCCCAACAAGGUUCGAGUACUUGACAACAAGCAGCGACGAGUGAAGAUCAGGUGCAUACUUUGACAGCAGUAGCAAGUAUCUGUUCUCGUUUGCGUUUAAAUCAAAAUGCUAAACAAACGUUAUAAGAAACUCAUACGUGUUAAUGUACUAUUUACAUUACGGUGGAUCACUGAUUAUCAGCGUUACAAACUGACGUUACUAUCAUUAUAAUUACUACAAAAUGUCAACCACGUAAUUUGUACAUAAAAACUAGCAUAGCAGUCACCGUGUUGGACAAACAGAUUUUUCUGAAACAAUAGAUUGUUCAUUCAUAUAGAUAUUAUAAUAUCUGUUUUCCUUCAUGGGCCUCCGUUAAUUACAUAUUAUUCGUCUGCUUUAAACCAGUCAAAUAUAUUCGUAUUUGAUAUCAUUUUUACCUCAUUUGUACCUCAUCUUUUAUUCGUUUGUUCGCUAAUUUUGCUGCUAGUUGGAGAGUGCCCUGAUUUCCACAUACAUGAGCUUCACAUGCAUACCCACGGUUCCUUUGCUCGCGGAAGGUGUGAUUUAAUUGCCCACGGAAGUUAUUUGCUCGGCAUACUGGAAAGUAUUCGUACCUGCAUCGAGUUGGACAUGCCUGUGUUAUAUGUUCGAGCGUGACUCAGACGGUUUCGCGGGUUUAUACGUCGCUUAGCAAGAAUACUGUCGAACAAUGUUGUUUUUUUAGGCAGACGCGUUCCGUCGAGAUUUUUGUUAUCGAUUAUUUAAAAGUUCGAGCAAACUGUAGAGCUCAAAACGGCGGGUGCUCGUGUUUCUUGCCAGUGUGUUUCCUCAACAGAGUCCCAUUAUCGUACGCGUCCCUCGUGCGGGCAAUUCUUAUCGACUAUCAUCAUCAAAGGACAUUUUCUGAAAGUCAGAGUUGUAUGCACGCGUGUUAAAAAUAUGUUGG